AUGUGUGAGCUGACGCUUUUACACUUGGGGAUAUGUGAAAACGUGAAUGGGAUUUGCAAAUACAUCAGAUUAACACCUGUAUUUUUCUUGGAAGUGGUGCCACCGCCCACCGGCGUGGCUCUUGUAUCGACGGGAAAGAGCACAGCCCGAGUGACGUGGAACUCUGUCAGUAAGGUCCUGCUUUAUCAAGUGGCCGUGCGCGACAACGACACCCCCGGCAACGCCCCGGUCAUCAGAAACACUUCAGCCACAUCCAUGGACAUCAGCAAUCUGGAGCCCUGCUCCUUCUACACAGUGGGAGUAUCAUCCAACAACUUCUUCUUAAUUCCUGGGGAGGCCUCUGAUGUCACAUACAAUACCGCUACCAUUGACCCGGUGACGACCAUCUCUGCGGACUACAGCUGCACCAGUGGCAUGGUGACGGUAACUUGGGACUUGGUAUUCGGGGCCAACUCGUACAAGGCCAGGGCCGUCGAUAGCACCGGCGCGUCCAAUAACUGCACAUCGGCCUCCACCAGCUGCCAGAUCACCAUGCUCAAAUGUGGUGAGACGUACGUGGUCCAUGUGACGGCCUUCUCCGACGACUGUGAGAGCACCUCCAACACCACCGCCUUGUUCGAGACAGUCCCCUGUGCUCCGGCUCAUCCUCAGACCCUUCACGAUUGCUCCAGCAAUGUGAUCGUCUAUAGCUGGCAGACCACCAACAACACCCUCUACUAUGUGGCAACGGCUGUGGACGGCACUGGCAAGGUGACCGAGUGCAGGACGCCAGACAACACGUGUUACUUCACUAAUACGGGCUGCGGUCAGCACUACAAGUACACCGUGUACGCCGUCAGCCCUGAUUGUAACACCGAGGUCAGCCAACCGGAGUUUGUCCGGACCUCGCCGUGUCUGCCAACAACCGUAACGACAGGAGCUGGUUGUCACUCCGACAUAUUGCUCACGACCUGGGACUCUGCUGCUGGAGCUCUGUCCUACACGGUGGAGGCACAGGGGAACACUGGAGAAAUAUACAACUGCACCUCCUCCGCCAACAGCUGCGCGGUGACCGGCGUGCCGUGUGGCGAACACCUCAGUGUGUGGAUCCGGGCCUCCAAUGACAACUGCUCCACUGACAGGGUGUUGGGAGACAUUGCUCAGACUGUUCCCUGUUCCCCUCUCAACUUCUCGGCGUCCGUGGACUGCAGCCAAGACUCUGUGAAAGCCAACUGGACGGCGACCAUCGGGGCCAUUUUCUACAUCGCCAUUGCUGAGGACCAAAGUGGGAAUGUGCACAGCUGUAAUUCAAGGCGCACAAACUGCUUGAUUGAAGGCCUGAGAUGCGGACAGAAUUACACAGCCAGCGUGAUCGGCUCCAAUCUUGAUUGCAACAGCAGCGCCAGCGAGGAGGUGAACUUCACGACAGCUCCGUGUCCUCCAACCAACAUUGAGGCAUUCAGAGACUGUGACGCCAACCAUGCUCUGAUAGUCUGGCAGAACAAUCAGCUCACAGGCCUCUACACGGCAGCCAUGGAGGAUCAGAGCGGAGCUCAGCUCAACUGCACCAGCAACACGGUCAACAACUGCAAAAUCUCCUCUCUGCCCUGUGGAAAGAGAUACAACGUCACCGUCACCUACAGUGAUGGGAAGUGUCCGUCCACCUCGACCCCUAUCGUCAUGAACUCAGUGCCAUGCGGUCCUGACGAUGUGAGGGCCAGCGUGGCCUGCGUCACCGGCGAGCUGACGGUCACCUGGAACAUCUCCGUUCCUGCAGAGAACUACACCACAUUCAUAUCUCGAGGAAUGGGUCAGCCUCUGUACUGUAACUCCACACGCACACAGUGCACCCUGGGUGGGUUGUUGUGUGGAAGCUCCUACAGGGCGAUUGUCUUCUCCACCACCGGGACGUGCUUCAGUCUGCCCAGCACAGAGGUCACAGUGCAAACAGUGCCAUGUCCUCCCACCGCGGUCGCCGUCGCGCACACGUGUGCUCCGGACCCUGUUCCUGUGUCCUGGGUGGCCAGCGACAGUGCCCGUCACUACACCGCUGUUGCUGUGAGCGCCGGAGGUCACAGGUCAGAGUGCACGGCCAAUGACACUUCCUGCAGCCUCCCCGGACUCCAGUGUGGAGCCGUUUACACCAUCGAGCCCUGUUCUCCCUAUGAUGUAUCCAGCCAGCUGAUGUGUGGCGCUGCCACUGCGCAGGUGUCCUGGCCCCCCAGCGCCAAUGCAGUGAGCUACGCGGUGCGAGCCACCAGCAACGGGCAGAACCUCACCUGCAGCAGCCUCAGCACCAACUGCACGCUGAGUCCGGUGGUCUGUGGCCACGCCUACAACAUCCUUGUGUCUGCUACCGACGGCACGUGUGUCAGCAACUUCAGUGCCCCCUUCAAACAAGACCAAGGGGGGUUUUGUCACUUCUUCAGUUUGUCUUGA